CGCAGAGUUGCUUUUGUUUCUAUCUAUAUAACAAAGAACGUUCUCUGACUUUCAGAGGUCAGACUGAAGAACGUUCUCAAGCCUCUCGGCUCAUUGCGUAACUUUCGGUCCUCACAGAGGCGGUAACCCGCAGCAGGCAGCCCAGGGAACACCGAGCAAACUUUGUCCUUAGAGCAGCUCAUCCUGGACCGGUUCGGCCAUGAGGUGGAGCGUUCGGCUCUGAGGUCAGCUCAGGAUCCAGGUGCUCUCCCUGUGCACUGAUUGGACAUCCGUCAGCUGUCCGUCAUCAUGCAGCUGACCUAUGAGAAGCUGCCAGCUCAGCUGAGGCGGAGCUCCAAGCUCAGGAAGUUGGCCGCCGUCCUGAUUGCUGCCUACGCCGUCAAAAAACUGUCUCCAUAUGUGUGGAGGCGGCUACAGAGGGGUGCAGCGGGUAGCCGGGAAGGGGGAGCUAAACCACCUGUGGGCGUGGUCAGCGGCGUGGAUGACAGAGAAAAGGAGAAGAAGAAGAAGAAAUCCAACAGGUCUCCAUCAGUGAACAAAGACUUCGUCCUCAGACUGACUCACCUGUUGAAGCUCCUGUUUCCACGGUUACUGUGUCCGGAGUUCGGCCUGCUCGCUCUGCACUCUGUCACUCUGAUGACCAGGACCUUCCUGUCCAUCUACGUAGCUUCUCUGGAUGGUGUGAUCGUCAGGUGUAUCGUGCAGAAAGAUCCACAGGCGUUUGUGCUGCAGCUGCUGAAGUGGCUUCUGGUUGCAGUUCCUGCAACGUUCAUCAACAGCGCCAUCCGAUUCCUGGAGGGUCAGCUGACACUUAGCUUCAGGAGCCGCUUGGUCAACCAUGCCUACCAGCUGUACUUCACCAACCAGACGUAUUACCGCAUCAGCAACAUGGACGGCCGCCUGUCCAACCCCGACCAGUCUCUCACCGAGGACAUCGUCAUGUUCUCCGCCUCCAUCGCUCACCUGUACUCCAACCUGACCAAACCCAUUCUGGACGUGGUGGUCACCUGCUACACUCUGCUGCGCACGGCUGAGGCCAAAGGAGCCAACACCACCUGGCCGUCCGCCAUUGCUGGCCUGGUGGUGGCGCUCACCGCCAAGGUGCUGCGCUCCUGCUCGCCUCACUUCGGGAAGCUGGUGGCCGAGGAGGCGCGGAGGAAGGGAGACCUGCGCUACAUGCACUCACGCAUCAUCGCCAACUCUGAGGAAAUCGCCUUUUAUGGAGGACACAAGGUGGAGCUUUCCCGGCUGCAGCAGAGUUACGGCGCCCUGUCGGCUCAGAUCCAUCAGAUCCUGCGGAAGCGUCUCUGGUACAUCAUGCUGGAACAGUUCCUCAUGAAGUACGUCUGGAGCGCGUCCGGCCUGGUCAUGGUGGCGGUGCCCAUCAUCACCGCCACAGGGUACUCCAAAUACGAUUCUGAGGAGGUGAAGCAGGCGGCCAUUGGGAUGAAGGAGGAGGAGCUGGUGAGCGAGCGCACUCAGGCCUUCACCACCGCCCGGAACCUUCUAAACGCUGCUGCCGAUGCCGUGGAGAGGAUCAUGAGCUCCUACAAGGAGGUGACGGAGCUGGCCGGCUACACUUCCCGUGUUUGGGAGAUGUUUGAAGUGUUUGAGGACGUGAGUCAGGGCGUAUACCGUCGCUCCGGCGACAGCGAGGAGGAGGAGUCUGCAGCACAGCGAGGAGCCCAGGUCAGACACGGACAGAGGAUCUGUGGUCCGCUGGAGAUCAGAGGUCAGGUGAUCGACGUGGAGACGGGGAUCCGCUGCCAGAACCUGCCCAUCAUCACUCCUACCGGAGACGUGGUGGUGUCCAGCCUCAACAUCCAGGUGGAGGACGGGAUGAACGUGUUGAUCACGGGUCCCAACGGCUGCGGGAAGAGUUCUCUUUUCAGGAUCCUCAGUGGGCUGUGGCCCGUCUACGGCGGCGCGCUGUACCGUCCACCGCCUCACAACAUGUUCUACAUCCCUCAGAGACCCUACAUGUCAGAGGGGACGCUCAGAGACCAGGUCAUAUAUCCUGACUCGGUGGACGACAUGGUGCAGAAGGGGCUGACGGACUCGGACCUGGAGGAGAUCCUUCGUACCGUUCACCUGCUCUACAUCCUGGAGAGGGAGGGAGGCUGGGAGGCGCUCAGCGACUGGAAGGACGUUCUGUCUGGAGGAGAGAAGCAGAGGAUGGGGAUGGCCCGCAUGUUCUACCACCGCCCGCGGUACGCCCUGCUGGACGAGUGUACGAGCGCCGUCAGCAUCGACGUGGAGGGGAAGAUCUUCCAGGCUGCAAAGGAUGCUGGGAUAGCUCUGCUGUCAAUCACCCACCGCCCCUCCCUCUGGAAGUACCACUCCCACCUGCUGCAGUUCGACGGCGAAGGAGGAUGGAAGUUUGAGCCUCUGGACGCCUCGGCCCGGUCCUCCAUGCAGGAGGAGAAGCAGCGCCUGGAGAACCAGCUGUCAGGCGUUCCCAAGAUGCAGCAGAGACUGUCGGAGCUCCGGGUUCUACUGGGAGAGACGGAGCAGGACGGCGAGGACGCAGCGGAGAGCCAGGACCCGGCAGAGGCCAUUCUAUGUUAGAGCUGUGUGAGAGACGGACGCGAGCGUCCACGUGAGAGACGCGAGCGUCCACGUGAGUGAGGUCAGGUCAGGUGGUUCAUCAUGUGACUGAAUUUAAGAUUUUUACUCCUAAUUUUUUAGAGUAGUCCUUCUGCUGUCUGAGGCUCCUCCCCCUGAUGGGCGGGUCUCCCUCCCCGUCCUGCUGUGAUUGGUCAGGGCGUCACCUGUGGAGCUCAAUCAGCGCACUCACCUGUGGUUUUACAUUUCAAAGCUUUUAAUGACUGAUUAAAUUAUUGAUUAUUAGAUAUGAUGAUGUCAUCCAUGAUGGUGCCGCUGCAUUGGCUGAGCUGCUUUACCUCCGUUUAGCUCACCUGGAGACUCGGAGGGGGCGGAGCCUCACCUGAAGCAGUUUUAAAGGUUCUUCUGCUUUGAUUGGUCACCAGGUGCGGGCUCCGCCCCCCACACACACCUGAGCCCUGUUAUUGCGACAGUGAAGCUGCUGCUGGUCACAGCUGGCGCUGCUCGUGUCCGGGGCCGUGUGCACGGGUUCCCCUCCUGUUCCGGGUCUUAGCAGCUGAAACGGACCUGCUGACGGCCGCCAUCAAGUCACAUGACCCAGAUCACAGGUCACGGGACCGGGCUCUAAUGUGCCAUUUUGACCCUAACUUUGUGAACCAAUCAGAGAGCCGAUCAGCGACCAAUGAGCUGCUGUCGUUUCAGUGCAAUCAGUGAUGAUGAUGAUGAUGAUGAAGAGGCCUUAUUUUACAGGAAAUAAAAGAUUUUCUGCUAA